CGGCGGCAGAGCUGAGGCCUCGUGCCUAACGGCCAUCGCUGCGGCCGCGGCGGCGUCCCGGUCCCUCCUCAGAAUGUCCUAUGUUACCUUUUGACUCUGGCUGAUUGAGAUCACUGAAUCACAUGUACUGAAGCUGUUGAAGAUGGCAGAAGAGGUGGUGGUAGUAGCCAAAUUUGAUUAUGUGGCCCAACAAGAACAAGAGCUGGACAUCAAGAAGAAUGAGAGAUUAUGGCUUCUGGAUGAUUCUAAGUCCUGGUGGCGAGUUCGAAAUUCCAUGAAUAAAACAGGUUUUGUGCCUUCAAACUAUGUGGAAAGGAAAAACAGUGCUCGGAAAGCAUCCAUUGUUAAAAACCUAAAGGAUACCUUAGGUAUUGGAAAAGUGAAAAGAAAACCAAGUGUGCCAGAUUCUGCAUCUCCCGCUGAUGAUAGUUUUGUUGACCCAGGGGAACGUCUCUAUGACCUCAACAUGCCUGCUUAUGUGAAAUUUAACUACAUGGCAGAGAGAGAGGAUGAAUUAUCAUUGAUAAAAGGGACAAAGGUGAUCGUCAUGGAGAAAUGCAGUGAUGGGUGGUGGCGGGGUAGCUACAAUGGACAAGUUGGAUGGUUCCCUUCCAAUUAUGUGACUGAAGAAGGAGACAGUCCUUUAGGUGACCAUGUGGGUUCCCUGUCAGAGAAAUUAGCAGCUGUUGUUAAUAACCUCAGUACUGGGCAAGUAUUGCAUGUGGUCCAGGCUCUUUAUCCAUUCAGCUCAUCCAAUGAUGAAGAACUUAAUUUUGAGAAAGGAGAUAUAAUGGAUGUUAUUGAAAAACCUGAAAAUGACCCCGAGUGGUGGAAAUGCCGGAAGAUCAAUGGAGUGAUUGGUCUCGUGCCAAAAAACUACGUUACUGUUAUGCAGAACAAUCCAUUAACUGCAGUUUUGGAACCAUCACCUCCACAGUGUGAUUACAUCAGGCCUUCACGCACUGGAAAGUUUGCUGGCAAUCCCUGGUAUUAUGGAAAAGUCACCAGGCAUCAAGCAGAAAUGGCAUUAAAUGAAAGAGGGCGUGAAGGUGAUUUCCUCAUUCGUGAUAGUGAAUCUUCGCCAAAUGAUUUCUCAGUAUCACUAAAAGCACAAGGGAAGAACAAGCAUUUUAAAGUCCAACUAAAAGAGACUGUCUAUUGCAUUGGGCAGCGUAAAUUCAGCACCAUGGAAGAACUUGUAGAACAUUACAAAAAAGCACCAAUUUUUACAAGUGAACAAGGAGAAAAACUUUAUCUUAUCAAGCACUUACGUGAUACUGCUAACCAGAAGUGACUGCCACACAAGCUGUAAUUUGUCAUGUAAUUGAAGACUGAGAAAAUGUCCAAUCCUGCUUGAUUGGAAAUUGCUGUUUCUGCCUCUACAUGAGAAUUGACAAUAUAAAACAUAAGUAUUUUUAUUGUAAUUCAUUCUAUACAUAUAUAUUACAUAUGCAAAUCAUCUGCAUAGAGCAGUUCUUUAUCCUUGGUCCUCUGUUUUAUUGUUUUCUUUGCUUCUAAUAUUAAGGUUUUUUGUUUUGAAAAAAAUGAUGUAGAUCAAAAGUCUUUAUAGAAGAUUUUCCUUACUGCCUUUUCUUUAUUUUCUUGUAAAGGCACAGUGUCAUUUCUGCAUUGAUUUCUCAUAUAAAAUUAUUAUAUCAAUAUAUGGCACCUAUUAAAAUAAAUUUCUUGGAGAGUGUGAAUCUUUUCUGUGACUAAAUAGCAAUAAUAAAUGGAAAAUUAGAUGAUUAUUUUUAAGUAUUUGUUAGAAGCCAUUGCAAAUAUUGUGCCUGCCAUUAUUUUAAAAAAUUAAAUGUAAAGCUAAGCAAAUGGGCCAUAGGUUAAAAAACUUGUACAAUUUUAAUUAACAAUGAUUGUAAACAAAUCUUUAAAUUUCUAAGAACUUUUUUUGGUGCUUCUCGUCUGGUUAUUAGAAACAACAAAGCUGUCAUUGAGAUAAUAACUGUUCAAACUAAAUGAAUGUACUGUUAUUCCUCCUAUCCCCCUUUUGCCAAAGCAUCAUGUACUAAGAUAUAUAAUAUCUGUCAGGUUGAAAAAAACUAUGGCCAAAUUUGUGGGAAAUUGAAGGUAUAUAAGAUUCUUUGCUUUUCCCCAACCCUAAUAAUUAUCACAUGUACCAGUGUUUUUAGUAUUUUUGAGUUUUGUUGACUGGGACACUAAAGUUGAUGUAUAAUUGAUGUAUAACUGCUCAUCAUUAGAGAAAAUAAUUUUUAAAAUUUUAUUUUUGCAGGUGCUUCUGUUUCUAUUUACCAAGCAGAAGUUUAAGUGUGUGGAUAGAGGCUACUAUAUUGUGUCUACACUUCUGUAGGUUGCAGAAGGAAACCAGUAAUAUUUUACAGUCAUAGCUUUCUCCCAUUAUUAAUUCUGGAGACUUAAAUUUAAAGUAAUCUUCAGUAUUUUAAUUGAAAAUAAUUGAAUCACAUAGCUUAUCAAACAGUAGGAAGUCAUGGUAUUUUCAAAAAUUUCUCCAGUGCCACCUAAUUGCUUGAGUGUUUCCAUACUUUAAUAUGUUACAGAGUAAAUUUAAUACAUCAGGAUGACUGAUGUUAAAAUUGAAGUUUUCUAUGAGGUUUUUGUUUGAUGGUUUUGUUAUAUUUCAAAUUCUUUUUUAUUUUUAAAAGACUUAUGUUGCCACUGGGUGGCAGCCCUGGCUUCUCCCACUAAGCAACAGGAGUUAGCAAAUAUUAAUAUCUGCUUUAAUAGCCUUCUAUUUCAUCCUUCAUUCUUUUGCUCAUUUCCCCUGUGCUU